GUCAGAAACUCCUAAUCCGAUCGGAAAUUGAAAGAACUGUUUUUUUUUCAGAUCCACCCUAAUAUAAAGUCUUUAAUUUUGUCUUACACAUUUCCGUUCUCUUCUUUUACACAUUUCAGAUUUAUUUAUAUAUUUAUUUAUUUCCUUCGAAUUAUCUUGGUUAUCAGCCAAUAAAGCUUUAUCAAGUUAAUAGAAAAAAUACGUAACACUGAAACUCAUUUUCGAAAACAUAUGCACACUCAUUUGGAAUCCAUAAUAUAAAGAAACAUAAAAGGAUCAUUUUUUUGAUGAAGGUGAACGCCAUUCAGAGCACUGGUCAGGUAAUGGAAGCAACUGCAUUGAUAUCCAAAACUAAUGAGCAAGAACUCAUUGCAGAUUAUCGGACUGCAGCCCAGUAUGCUACGAACUAAAGUUGAUUGGCAGUAUGAUACGGAGCGAGCCAAUGGCUCGAGCCUUGGUACGAUCAAUGGAACUUACUGGCCGAGGGGGAAAAUGUUAGGUGGAUCCAGUGCAAUCAACGGAGCGAUGUACAUUCGAGGCAAUCAGGAUGAUUACAAUGAAUGGGAACGCUUGGGAAAUGUUGGCUGGGCCUGGAAUGAUGUUUUGAAAUAUUUCAUCAAAUCGGAGUAUAACCUUAAUCCAGAGGUUGUGGGCAGCUAUGGAGGGAAUUACCAUGGUAUUGGGGGAUAUUUAAGUGUAGAGCGAUAUGGUAGGAACAAUGCGUACAGUGAAAUACUCAGGCAAGCAACUAUAGAAGCAGGCUAUAAGCAACUGCUGGAUUUGAACGGAGAGGAGCAUAUUGGUUAUGGCAGAGUUCAACUCACGGCGGAGGGAGCUACUCGUGCUAGCACCGCCAAGGCUUUUCUGAACACAAUUCAGAAUCGGAAAAACUUACACAUAAUCAAGAACGCAUUUGUUGUGUCACUACAUUACGAAUCAGGGAAUGCUGUUCGUGGCGUUAACAUGAUCGUCGAUAAUCAAUACUCUUUAAGAGCUGUUGCAUCGAAGGAAGUCAUCCUGUCAGCAGGUGCGAUCAACACUCCUCAGCUACUGAUGUUGUCUGGCAUUGGAAGGCGCGAGUAUUUAGAACCAUUCAAUAUACCGAUUCGAUCAGAAUUGGAUGUCGGAGGAAAUCUCCAAGACCAUGUGUUUAUACCGAUAUUUUUUGGCAUUGGAAAACCAAUUUCCAACAUCACAAAAAUAAACCAAGAAGUAUUGUUGGAUUUGUUUGACUUCACUCUUCGUGACAGAGGUACUUUCAUCUAUCUCAACAGAAUAGACGAUAUCAUGGGAUUUGCUAAUACGGAGAACAGUGGUGCAAAGUUCCCAAAUAUACAGUUUAUUAACAAGUUAAUUCCCAAAAACGAUACAAAUGCUUUAGGAUAUUACACAAGCAUGGGAUACAAACGAAAUAUUUUGGACUCAAUCAGAUCUCACAUUCAAAGGCAGGACGUAGCUAUAGUGUGGGUCGUUGGCAUUGAUCCCAAAUCUCGUGGGCGGCUUCGUAUAAAGUCAGGAAAUCCUUACGACCAUCCAAUAAUUGAAACAGGAUAUUUCAACGAUCCAAAUGAUCUGGACGUGCUGCGUGAAGGCAUCCGGAUGCAACAAAACCUAUUCAACAUGCCAGCUUUCCGGAACUACGAAACGAGCGAACUGAGAAUAGACAUUCCCGAGUGUGAAAUAUGGGAAUACAAUUCGAACGAUUUCUGGGAAUGUUACAUCAGACAUAUGAGCACAACAAUCUAUCAUGCAUGUGGCAGCGCUAAAAUGGGACCGUGGAGUGAUCCAGGAGCGGUGGUAGAUUCACAAUUGAAGGUUUUUGGAGUAGAGCGCUUGCGAGUGGUAGAUGCCAGCAUAAUGCCGACUAUAACCAGCGGAAACACCAAUGCUCCAACGAUUAUGAUUGCAGAGAAGGGCGCCGAUAUGAUAAAGAAUGCACACGCUUGAAAAUUUUAGUAUCGUGAAUAAGUGUUGUCAAGAGUUAUUAAACUUUCACGUAAGAAAUGAUUUUCUGAAGCUGUUAUACAAAGAGAAGAAAUGCUAAAAAGUCUGCAUCAUCGCAGUAAUUUGUUUGAAAAGUUAUGACGGUGGGGAGUUGCAGACCAACUUAAUAAUAAGUCAAGAAUGAAAACGUGUAAUACGACUGCCGUCAAACGAUAGUUUUUUAUUUUUAUUUUAUUUUCUUUUUAUUUUAUUGUAAACAUAUUUUACAUAGUCACGGGUUCUUAGCGUUAAGGUCAAAAUAGGAUUUUAAAAGACUUGAAAACGUUUUUCCUUCCAGUUGUGCCCAGUAAAUAAAAAAAAUUAAAAAUAAUGUUAAAACCAGUUCAGUGCAUUGAUAUACCUAAACAACAGGCUGUCCAUUAGGGCGGUUCAAAGUUUAAAAGUGUUUGAACAUCUAAUACCAUCCUUAUCAUAAGAAUAGUGUU